GCCAGACUUCUCAACGUAGCUAGCCAUGGGUUCCCAGCGGAAUGGUGGUGUGUUGUGGUGUCUCCUACUCGCCGGGCUCCUCCUGGUGGCUGUGGCGGCCGCGGAGGUGGAGGCCGGGCGGGACCCGAGGGAGGAUGUCGAGUGGUGCAAGAAGGACUGCGAUUGGAAGGGCGUUCAUGUGGCGCAGUGCAAGAAGCAGUGCCAUGAGAAGUACGGCCAGCAGGAAGAUGGCCUCAUGGAGGUGAGGACCGAGUGGGUGGAUCUCGGACGGUGCAAGAAGGAGUGCGAGCGGAUGGCCGGACAACAGGUGGCGCAAUGCAAGAAGCAGUGCCAUGAGAAGUACGGCCAGCAGGAGGAUGCCGUCAUCAAGGAGGUGAAGACCGAGUGGGCGGAUCUCGGACGGUGCAAGAAGGAGUGCGAGCGGAUGGCCGGACAACAUGUGGCGCAAUGCAAGAAGCAGUGCCAUGAGAAGUACGGCCAGCAGGAGGAUGGCGUCUUCAACGGGGUGAAGACCGGGAUUGCGGAUCUAGGACGGUGCAAAAGGGAGUGCGAUGAGAAGGGCGGGGAGGUGAUUGAGUGCAAGAAGGAGUGUCAUCAGAAGUACGGCCAGCAGCAAGAGGAGAGCCACGGUGGCGAGUGCGAGUCCCGCUGCCAGAAGGAAUGCCAGCACCACACCCACGACUACGAGAGGAAGCAGUGCAUCCGAGACUGCAAAGAGAAGCAGCGCGGUGGCGGUGGCAGCGGCGCCGGUGGCCGUGGCCGCGAGGGCGAUGAGCGCCAGCACGCCUGGGAGACGGUGGCCGCAGCCAUCCUUCAGGCGGUGUAACACCGGAGGACGUGUGUACGUAGCUAGCUCUCCAGGGCCCCCUUGCCUCUCUACUGCCCGUGCAUACGUAUGCACGUGUUGAAAAGAAUAAGUUGCGUAGUUGGCACUGGCUCUCCGUCUGUGGAGAGCGCGCUUUGUGAGGGGGCCGGAUCGACCUGGAACUACUGGGAGCUAAGCAGUCGAACUUGGCCUGUGCUGAUUAAAUUAAGGCCUAUGUUCAUUAAGCUGAUGACUGUGAUAAAUAAAGAGGGAGCAUGCUUCUGAAA